AUGGAAAUGGUUCUCAUGGAUGAUAAGGGUAACAAAAUCCAAGCUUCAAUUGGAAAAGCCUUGCUGCCUCGAUUUGAAAAUAAGAUUAACGAGGGAGCUGCUUAUAAUUUCAAGUCAUUUGGUGUCUCCGCUAAUACUGGAGCAUUUAGGACCCCAAAAAACCAAUUUAAAUUGAAUUUUCAGAAUGGCACGGUUGUCACAGAUGUUGGAACUGGAAUGACAACAUUAUCUCCUUAUUCAUUUGCAUCUUUUCCAGAUAUUGUUGACAACAUUGACAUGGACUACUUGAUUGAUGUUAUGGGUAUUUUGUCUUCUCUUGGUCGUGAAAGGGUGUAUGAAAGGAAUCGUGUAACUACUAAAUUUAAAACUAUUGAGUUGGAAUCCAAUGGAAUGAAGCUCGAGUGCACGUUAUUUGGACCGUAUUUUGAUGCCCUUGUCGCAUUCCUGCAAUCCGACUACACUGGAAAUGUUGUUGUGCUUGCUCAGUAUCAAAAAUUGAAAUUGUAUAAUGGAAAAGUCCAACUUAAAAAUGCAACAAACUGUACCAAGCUUUUGUUUAACCCUGAAAUUCCUGAGGCGGAUAGUUUGGAGCUCUGGGGUAACAUUGGAUCACCUAUACAAUUGUUCAAUUAUAUGAAGGAUGCUUCUGAGUUGAGACUAGAAGAAGAAUUUUUGAGCUUGAUUCAACACAAAACUAUUAAGGAACUGGAGGAUUGUCAAGAUGGACAAUCAAACAUGUUAUUGGUGGUAACGAUUGGCGGUAUGCUGCAUGUGUCUGCAACAAGGGUGUUGUUGCAGAUUCCAAAAGGAUUUUCUGCCCUAAGUGCAACAAACAUGUUUGGACAAUUGUGCCAAGGUAACAUAUCAAACUCAUGCCAACUCAAGAAUAAAAAAAACAUUAAGAUUGAGAAUGAAUGA